GUAUUACAGUGACAUCCACAGUGCAGCAUCUGGCUGUUACCAAGAGAUGAACUCUACUCUAACGGAGCUGUCUGGGAGUUUUGGAUCAGACAUGAACAGUCUGGUGGCUCUGCUUGAGUUGUAUAAGUACAUCAACAAAUACUACGACCAGAUCAUCGCGUCUCUGGAGGAGGACGCUGCUGGUCAGAAGAUGCAGCUGGCCUAUCGUCUUCAGCAGGUCGCCGCCCUGGUGGAGAACAAGGUCACUGACCUCUAACCUCUCACCUCUGACCUGUGACCUAUCGUCUACAGCAGGUCGCCGCCCUGGUGGAGAACAAGGUCACUGACCUCUAACCUGUCACCUCUGACCUGUGACCUAUCGUCCCCAGCAGGUCGCUGCCCUAGUGGAGAACCACAGACUGACAGGGCUGCGUUCAGUACAACAGAACGUUACACCAGAUACAGCAGAGAACGCGGAACACUCAGAUCCACUUCCUCAUGUUUUGUUUUUUUCGGGAUCGGGGCCCACUCUUGCUCUGUUUAUUGCCCCCGCCCGCGGAGGGGGUGCCUCAGAGUGAAACAUCUCAUUGGAAAAAUGUAUUCUGGUAGGGGCGGAGUUGUUUCCUCUCUCGCGUUAGAUAUUAUGGAGGAACCAAACCCAGAUCAUUUAAAUAAAAUGUCUGGAGCAAACGUAUCUUAUUUAUCCCCCAUAAAUGCUUUAUGUUACGUGUGUGUGUGUGUGUGUGUGUGUGUGUGUGUGUGUGUGUGUGUGUGUGUGUGUGUGUGUGUGUGUGUGUGUGUGUGUGUGUGUGUGUGUGUGUGUGUGUGU